AUGUCUGGAAGUUACUUGGUGAAAAAUACCGCGUGGUCGUUUAGCUUCCUACAAGGCUACGCAGAUUACAUUUCUCGCUUACCAAACGUGCAGCAACAUGGGACUGACAAUGGCGCUCUUCAUGCAUAUUUAGCUGAGCUGAUUGCAAAACCGAGCGACCCGAAGUUGCCAAUUUGUUUCCGAAUAUACAACGAGUCUAGCGGUUUUGGAGAUCUUUUUCUAUUUGAGGCCUGUAUAAGGGAAGUUUUGGGAAAUAAAACAAGUUUCGGCAGCAUCAAAAUUUUGCCAAAGGGUACUGCCUGGGCACGUGAUCCUAGGAUGACAAAUAGCAAGUGGAGCCCAGAUCGAGACUUUAUGAUACACAACUGGAAAACAACUUCUCAGGGCAGCUAUAAGAGGACUCCAAUAUCGCUCAAAGCAGAUCCUGCUGACGACUGGUAUAAUUGGUACAACCCCAUUGUAGGACACUUCGAUCUGGAACUGUGCAAGCCG